AUGAGUCGUUCCCAUGCUUUCCAUUCAUCACACAGCCCUGACCGAGACCCUCCCGCCCUCCUCGUCGCCGACCACAACCACGGCGCCAUCCUCCUCCGCCUCCUCGCACCCGACCAGGCCCUCGGCCUCCUCCUCCUCCUCCUCCUCCGCCCUGAGGAUCUGCCGCAGCCGCUCCCGCACCAUGGGAUCCUGCUCCAUCUCCUGCCACAUCCCCAGGUCCAGAUCCGCCGCGCUCUCCUCCUCCUCCUCCGGCGCCGCCGCCGCCGCCGCCACACCGCUCCGGCGCCUGCUCCUCCCCCGCGCGCCGCCGCCCCAACGGCCGCAGCAACAGACCAGCGCCCUCCUCAGCGCCUUCCACGAGCCCCCGCCCGUGGCGACGAUGUUCCGCCGGAGCACCUUGAACGACGUCUCGGCGAUCGUCAGGACGCCCAGCACCGCCAGCGCCGUGAGCCACCAGACCGGGUCGGCGCCAAACGUCUCGGCGAAGCCGUUGCGCACCGCGUACGGCGACACGCCGGGCGGGUAGAUGCCCGAGAGGAACCCGUUCCAGGCCCACCAGCCCGACGUGGUGAUGAAGAAGGCGACCAGGACGAUGACCGUCUUGGA